AAGGCCUAUGUUUGGGGCCGGGGCCUGUGUUUGAGGGUGUGUGUGACUCGGGCCCUGUGGGGGGUCACAGCGCUGCCGAGCGGAUGAGUUCCAGGGUGUGGUACGUGAUGGAGAGCGUUCAGAGCAAAUACUCUCUGUCCGAGCGGCUCAUCCGCAGCAUCGCCAUCCGCUCCUUCCCGCACGACAGCGUGGAGGACCUCAUCAGAAGGGGGGCGGACAUUAACUGUAUGCACGGCACUCUGAAGCCUCUGCAUUGCGCGUGUAUGAUGGCCGACAUGGACUGUGUGGAGCUGCUACUAGAGAAAGGAGCCGAGAUCAACGCUGUGGACGGCUAUAACCGAGCGGCCUUGCACUACGCGGCGGAAAAGGACGCCUCGUGUGUCGAGAUCCUGCUAGAGUACGGCGCUGACCCCAACGCCCCCGACGGCAACAUGGACACCCCCCUGCACUGGGCGGCCUUCAAGAACAACCACGAGUGUGUGCGGACCCUGCUGGAGAACGGGGCCAGGGUCAACGCCUUGGACUAUAACAACGACACCCCCGUGAGCUGGGCGGCCAUGAAGGGCAACCUGGACAGUGUCAGGGUGCUGCUGGAGUAUGGGGCCGAGGUCAAGGUCACCAACCUGAAGGGACAGACCCCACUGUCCAGGCUGGUGGCCCUGCUGGCCCGGGGUCUAGGCACCGAGAAGGAAGAGGCUUGCUUCGAGCUGCUGCACCGGGCGGUCGGGCACUUUGAGCUGCGGAAAGCCGGCGCCAUGCCGCAGGAGGUGACCAAGGACCAGGAGCUGUGCGUGAGGCUGACCCACGUCUGCUCCACACCCGGCUCGCUCAAGAGCCUCACCAGGUACCGCGUCCGGCACAGUCUGGGCAUCCGGCACCUCCCAGCGGCCGUGAAGGAGCUCCCCCUGCCCGAGUCCGUCAAAGACUAUCUGCUCCUGGUGGAAUGAAUCCGUCCGGCAGCGCAGCACAGGACAGGACAGGAACUGUCCGGUUUCUCCCCGAACCGUGCAGUGCGGGACGGAGAACGCUUCGGGGGGUGGGGAUGGGGAUGGGGGGGGUCAUCGGCAUCUCGCACGCCCACCGCUGAUCAGCCACUGAGUGCCAGUUUUAGUGUCGCAAAGUCACCGAUAAAUUCGAUACGAAAUUAUAGUCGAGAUUCUGCUUGUAACUGCGGCUCAACUCGAGUCAGGAAAGAACGGUCUGCUUGUGUGACUUCAUGGAGAGAUGAUCCAUGUGUGUGUGUGUGUGUGUUUAAGCGUUACGAUUUAAGUUAAUCUGAGAUGCUACCGUGCCUAAGGGGUGCUAUGUAAAUGCAAGUAGUUGUUUUUAUAUGUGUGUGUGUGUCUU